AUGGAAGCCAAAAUCAACCUCAACAUAGGAGAACUCCCAAGCCAGCCUGGCAUUGAAAGCUAUAUUGAAAUCGCCUCUGGAGAAAAUUCUAUAGCUCAAGCAAAAGAAAGAGCAUCUGCUGAAGUUGGAUCUGACAUUAAUUCUUACAAUCUAUACGCUGUUAUAGGCUGUUCUUCAGCUGAAGGAGCUGAAUGUGUGAAAACAUAUUUGUCGAAUGAAUGGAAUAAUUUUUGGGCAAGAUAUAAGGAUGAUUAUACAUUUGGCAAAUUUUUUAGCUCUUUUAUUGGAUGCAAUCCAGCACAGGAUAUUAAUGUUAAUGGUACCUCAGUUAUAAUCCAUGGACUAUCAAGCAAAAUUGAAUUGGAAAACUCAAAUGAAGAAGAAAAAGUCGGUUCAUAUGAUCAGACAAUUCUUAUUGAUAUAAACACAGGCCAAGAAAUUAGAACUAUUCUUAGAGGGGAAAAUCCUAUUGUGGAUGCUUUCGAUGCUCUAAAACUAAAAAUUUCUUUUUAUCGGUCAUCUUUUAUCCCAGAAGAUUUUUGAAAUCACCCUGCCUGCAAUCGUCGAAAUCGGGAGAGCAAUGAAUUUAGAUUUUUUAAAACCCUCCUCACUAUAUUAAAAAGUGGAGAUCUAGAAUUAAAUUUCAAAUCUGCAAGGGAGUUACCUGAGUUUGUCAAAGAAGAAGCUAAAAGCAUUUCUGAAAGUUUCUUUUUUAGUGGAAUGAUGCACAUUGUAUUUUCUGAUUGUUUGUACUUUUUAGGAGAAUAUUCUGAGCACACUACAGGCGAAUUUUAUGGCUUUUUAUCAACUGAUAGUCGAUUCACAAAGGUUAAGGUUAAAGCUCCUGGGCUUUUUUGCAUUCAGCCUAUUAAAUACAACAAUCAUCCAAAUUAA